AUGGACCCGAAGAAACUUUAUGUGGAUGUAACACGAAACUAUGCCGAUGAGCUGUGGAGCAAGGAUCAGCAGCGGGCGUUGGCCGCCAUUGGUGACGCCAUUGUAGCACCGAUGACGCCGGAGGAGAAGGCGCAGUUCCUCAGUCAGGUCCCCGACUCGUUGACGGACGAAGAGAAAGCCAAGCUGGCGGCCUAUGCAGACAUGAAGUUCAGCGAUCUUCCCAAUGGUGUGAACCUCGUUGCGAUGCAUGUGGUCGAGACGAUCUCGUUUUCGCUGCGCUCGCUUUUUGGCUUGGUCCUGGGCCUCUUGAGUACGCGUGCUGGGUGCCUGCCCAUUGCUGGCCGUGUCGGUCCUGUGUGGGAGAUUGACCGUCUAGCUAUUCUCCAGUUCCUCUCGCUGUGGCGCAAUUCCCCGAUCGAGCUGCUGCGCACCGGUGAACUGGGAUUGCGUGGCCUGAUUUUGAUCGUAUACUACCGUCAUAUGGACGAGGCAUGUGAGGCCAUCGGCUACCCAAGUGGCCCUUCGGACGAUUGGAAGACCCCGCCCAACCACCCAGCGCAGGAAGCGAUCCCGCACUUUGAGUUCAAGUUCCUCAACGAUCAACUUCCCUCUGAGCCGUCGUCGAAGCCCAUUGAAAUGGAGGCGGAUGUCAUUAUUGUCGGCUCCGGCUGUGGCGGUGGCGUGGUAGCUGCUUUCUUGGCGGAGCGUGGCCUUAAAGUGAUUGUGGUCGAUAAGGGCAUCUACGUGCGCCCUGACGAGAUGCCUGUGCGCCAGGACUUUGGCUCAGAACAGAUGUUUGAGCGCCUCGGCUUCGUGCCUACCUCCACUGCCAGUGUAUCUGUGCUGGCUGGCAGUGGCUUUGGUGGCGGCUCCACGAUCAACUGGAGUGCUAUGCUUGCGCCACGUUACUUUUUGCGCAAGGCGUGGUCCCACAAGUUCGGUGUGCCGUACUAUCGCUCGGCACUGUUCUCGCAGGACUUGGAUGCGUGCAACAAGCGCAUGGGCACGACGGACCAGAUUGAGCACAACAUAGCCAACUCGCUACUGGCGCUAGGCGCUACGCGAUCCGGCCAGCCUGUGAACACCGUGCCGCAGAACAAUGGCGACUCGCCGCACUAUUGUGGUAAGUGCACAUUCGGAUGUGCUUCGGGUCAAAAGCAAAGCACUGUCAUGACAUACUUGCAAGAUGCGGCUGAGCACCAGGCCGAGUUCCUCCUGAGCUGCGACGUGGAGCGCGUCCUGAUGGACAAUGGCAAAGCAACGGGUGUCGUGGGCUCGGUACGUGGCCAGCCUGUGGUCCUGCGUGGUACCAAGGCGGUGGUGCUCUCGGCAGGAAGUCUCAACACACCGGCUAUCCUUCUGCGCACGCCGGAAAUGAAAGUGAACAAGCAGAUCGGCCACCAUUUGCAUCUGCACCCAGUGGCAUUUGUGCAUGGCUUCUACGACUUCCCUGUAAAGGCAUGGGAGGGUGGUAUUCUUACUACGGUGUCCAACGCUGCUGAAAUGGUCGAUCCCCACGGCUGGGGUGCCAAAGUGGAGGUCAUGGUGACGGCACCUUCGCUGUUCAGUGCGCUGCUGCCGUUCCAGGGCUCGAUGGAGCACAAGAAGCUGCUGUCUCGCUUCCGCCACGCCUUCACGGCCAUUGUCAUUGUGCGUGACCGCGAUGAGGGACGUGUGAGGCUGGACAAGUAUGGCCGUACCCUUAUGGACUACCAGCUCAGCAAGUUUGACGAGAAGAGCAUGAUUGAGGGUGUCAAGCGUGCGACCGAGAUCCACAUGAGCGCUGGUGCCUCGGCGAUUGUCACGUCGCAGCCGGGUGUGCCUGUAUAUGAAUGCCCGCGCACGCGUGUUGCGCCGAACAAGGAGGUCCCAGAAAAGCUACUCGCCGGCUCGCACCAGUUUGAAACACUGCCUCCGCAAGGCGAUAUCAAUGACCCUACGUUCGUGGCGUACCAGAAAGCCAUUACCAAGAUGGGCUUCACAUCGCUUCACUCCACCAUUGGUUCUGCUCACCAAAUGAGCUCUUGCCGUAUGGGCGCCAACCCGAAGACUAGCGCUUGUGACACCAAGGGCCGCGUACGUGGCGCGAAGAACCUGUGGGUGGCCGAUGGCUCCGUUCUGCCCGAGGCGACGGGUGUGAACCCUAUGCUGACGAUCCUCGCUGCUUCGCGUGGCAUUGCUCGCAACAUUGCUAUUGAUCUUGGCGUGGCGCAGCCAAGCGAUACCGCUGCGAUCCCCGUGUCGCAUUUGUAG